CACCCUCAGCUGCCGGCCGGACCCUCCCUCCUCCCACCACGUGUUCUCCGCGCUCCCUCCCGAGGGCCCGCGCGCACGGGAAGCCGGAGGGGCGGCCGGGAUGGCGCAGUGACAGCCGGGGCCGCCGCCGACGCGCCCACCCCACCCCCUGCGGCCGGAAAUGGAGUCUACAACCUACCCUCUCAAUUUGACCCUGAAAGAAGAAGAGGAAGAAGAAGAGAUUCAGUGCCAGGAACUGAAGGAUGGCCCAACCGAUAUGCAAAAAGUACGAAUCUGCUCAGAAGGUGGAUGGGUUCCAGCCCUAUUUGAUGAGGUGGCCAUAUAUUUUUCUGAUGAGGAGUGGGAAGUUUUGACGGACCAACAAAAGGCCCUCUACCGGGAAGUGAUGAGGAUGAAUUAUGAAACUGUUCUGUCCCUGGAAUUCCCAUUCCCUAAGCCAGACAUGAUCACUCGUUUGGAACGGGAGGAAGAGUCUCAUAAUUCUGAGGAGUGGCAGCUACAAGGAGGACCCGUUACAGAAAAUGAAGAAUCUGAUGUGAAGCCUCCAGAUUGGGCAACCCCCAUGAAUACCACCUCCCACUUCCCUCAGCCUCAGCAUCUUGACAGCUUUGGUCUGCGCCUGCCUCGGGACAUCACUGAGCUGCCUGAAUGGAGUGAGGGGUAUCCCUUCUGCAUGGCCAUGGGCUUCCCGGGGUAUGACCUCUCGGCUGAUGACAUAGCUGGGAAGUUUCAGUUCAGCCGGGGCAUGCGCCGCAGUUAUGACGCAGGAUUCAAGUUGAUGGUGGUAGAGUAUGCCGAGAGCACCAACAACUGCCAGGCUGCCAAGCAGUUUGGAGUAUUCGAAAAAAACGUUCGAGACUGGCGCAAGGUGAAGCCACAGCUGCAGAAUGCCCAUGCCAUGCGACGGGCAUUUCGAGGCCCCAAGAAUGGCAGGUUUGCUCUGGUGGACCAACGCGUGGCUGAGUAUGUCAGAUACAUGCAGGCCAAAGGGGACCCCAUAACCAGGGAGGCGAUGCAGCUGAAAGCUCUUGAAAUUGCCCAGGAAAUGAACAUUCCAGAGAAAGGGUUCAAAGCAAGCUUGGGUUGGUGUCGAAGAAUGAUGAGAAGGUAUGACCUGUCUCUGAGGCACAAAGUACCUGUACCCCAGCACCUGCCUGAAGACCUGACUGAGAAGCUCAUCACUUACCAGCGGACCGUGUUAUCUUUGCGCAGGGCGCAUGACUACGAGGUGACACAGAUGGGGAAUGCAGACGAGACACCCAUCUGCUUGGAGGUGCCAUCCAGGGUUACUGUUGACAACCAGGGUGAAAAACCUGUGUUGGUCAAGACUCCAGGCAGGGAGAAACUAAGGAUCACGGCCAUGCUUGGUGUCUUGGCUGAUGGGAAGAAGUUACCUCCAUAUAUCAUUUUGAGGGGAACCUACAUCCCCCCAGGAAAGUUCCCCAGCGGGAUGGAAAUCCGCUGCCAUCGCUAUGGGUGGAUGACUGAAGACUUGAUGCAGGACUGGUUGGAAGUGGUGUGGAGACGCAGGACAGGAGCACUUCCCAAGCAACGAGGGAUGCUGAUCCUGAAUGGCUUCCGGGGACAUGCCACUGAUUCUGUGAAGAGUUCCAUGGAGAGUCUGAACACGGACAUGGUGAUCAUCCCCGGGAGCCUAACCCCACAGCUGCAGGUGCUGGAUGUGGUGGUCUACAAGCCACUGAAUGACAGUGUGCGUGCCCAGUACUCUAACUGGCUUCUGGCUGGGAACCUGGCGCUCAGCCCUACUGGGAAUGCCAAGAAACCACCCCUGGGUCUCUUCCUGGAAUGGGUCAUGGUGGCAUGGAACAGCAUCUCAAGUGAAUCCAUUGUCCAAGGGUUCAAGAAGUGCCACAUCUCUAGCAACUUGGAGGAAGAAGAUGAUGAACUGUGGGAAAUCGAAAGUGAGUUGCCAGGAGGAGGAGAACCACCGAAAGAAUGUGAUGCUGAGAGCAUGACUGAGGGCAACUGAAGGACCAAGGUAACAAAUGACACUAUGGUUGAAACGGUUGGGGAAAAUCCUCAAGAUCAUUCUUGAAAGUGUGGAUGCCCAGGGAGCUCCAGGAAGAGGCAGUGUGGGGCUCACAACAGUCAAGAUCCACCAGCAGCCAGGACGUCUCAGGGCACAGCCCCUCAUGCCCUGCCCGUGAAGUGUCAGCAAAAUCUCGGACCUUUAGGCACACCAGAGACUAAAACAGAAAUGAAACUUGGCCCCUGUCUUCUUUUGGAGCUGACUCCAUCUGUCCAUCAAAGAAAUGUGUAAAUACUACCCAGCAAAGAUGUAGGCUGGAGAAGAGACCAUCUGUUCACCACCAACAAGAGACAUCUUAUGGAUACAGCUCUAGUGGUGUCCUUUGGUUAAAAAAAAAAAAAAACUCAAUACUCUGCCUUUGAAAAUGCUUCCAAAAGUAGAACCUGUCCCCACAUGGAUCAAGACUACAGAAAAGAUUUUGUACAAAUAUGUCACUUAUGCACACCUGCUACUUACACAUUUCCUUUUGAGAAACUGAUUUACUAAGGAUAACUAUAAAAUCAACACAUACUGGCCUGGUGCCAGAAGAUGGCUUUUCUAUAGACAAACAACAGUACUGUGGAAGAUGGAAUUCACACAAAUAAUGCUGUUUUACUUAUCUUCCAAAUCUGGUUGGCAGCUAGACUUUUAGGGUCUUGUUUAAUGGCCCUAUUUUUUUCAUUGUUGUAUUUGAUGAUAAGGCAAGCACUUAGUACUGAAGUCCUGUUUUUCAAGCUGCCUGCAGAAGUCACUGAACUCUGUUGUCUCCAUGGUAUAAGGCCCUUUGGCUCAUCUGAUACUUGUUUUAAUUUCUGUAACGUUCGUGUCACAGAGACAGUGGAAGGUUUUAGCCCCAGCUGUUUCAUGACUAACCUCCAAGAACAGGAGGCCAUUGGAUUUUUACAUGCAUUACAUGCAUUCCCACAUAAUUUGAGUAUUUGAAAACAUUUCUUCAAAGCUAUCUGUGCUACAAAAAAAAUGUAUAUCAGAACCUCAAAGACAAAGCCAUUGCUAGAAUUAACAUUCCAAAAACCACUUCUCCUUCCUGUACACUGGACUCACAUACAUUUUAUAAGAUGUUUUUGGCUUCCUGCAACACCUAUUUCUACUCAGGUACUCAUUUUCCUGUUGGUCCUUUUCUGAUCUUUUUAAUCCAGUUGCACAGUCACACACAAGGUGGGCAAUUUCACUUCUAGUAUCUGAAUGCUGUUCAGUGUUUGACUUAAGUCCCUCUUUGCUUUUUUUUACCUAUAAUGCCUUUGGUCAUCCAGAAGUGGCAUUUAAACCUUACUAUUUUCCAUUCCAUUUCUAUUUAAUUUUUUUCCUCCCACUAGCGUACUUUCUAGCCCUUUCUUUUUCAUGUCAUUUCUCUUGCAGUGGGAGCUUAAAAGAUGUCAUGAAAUCUAAUUUAAGGUUCCUGCAUGGGAGCCACAGUUGUCUUGCCCAGAAUAGUAGAAAAUGGGUUCGACUCCUGUUUCAUUCCCCAUCACCUCAAGUCUCAUUGUCAGCUGCGAGAUAAUGCCUUAUAGGUUGCAUAGCACUGGAACUUUCCUAGAGUGAUGGCUUUGCUGUCAGGGUCUUCUGGGCUCACUCUUCCAUUCCCUUACUAUGAUCUAUGCCUAACAGAGCCCUUAUCCAACUGUUUUGCAGAAAGGCUGUUCGCCUAGAAUUCGUAUAGCACACAAGAUAUAGUUGUAUCUCCUAGUGAUAGGAACUGACCCCAACAAUAAACUUUGAUAAUUAAAACAGU